AUGGGGUGGAGUCGUCGGCCGAUGCUUCCAGCCUGUUCGUUCAUCGUCGGUCUACAAGGUUUGCUAACACUGUGGGCAGCCGUCGCGCGUGCGAGUCUUCCCUUCCCCAUCGAGCCCACCGUGGCCUGUUACAUCACGAUCACUGGCGAGCCCGCCACACGGGAUGCAUGGAGGCCCUCAGUGGUCAGCCUUGAAUGCAUUAACACUCUAAACCCAGGCGUCCCUGUAAACGUAACCGUCGGAACGCGGCUUCUGCAGUACAUCCGGCCUACAACGCCCAUGGAACACGACGGCUCGCCCCCAGACAGUGAUGAGACGCAGUCCAGCCCGCCAUCGCUCAAUAACCCACCUUUUUCUCCAAGCGGCGUCGUGAUGGUUAGCGGGGUUGAAGUGUUCGAGUCAGCGAGUGACAGCGGCUGGAGCAUCGUGUUUAAUGACCAAAUUCAGCAUCUGCAGCUGGAAAAUUCUGUCCUUAGAGGCACACCCCUUUCCUAUGACCCGCUCAUCAGCUGCCCCAGCUGCAAGUACGUCACAGUGGCAAAUGUGACCAUGGAGGAACUCUACGGCGCGGCAGUCGAGCCGGUUGGCGACUACUGUUGGGGCCGUACCGUGGGUGCUUUAUCGUUUGGCGGUGUGCUGGAGGCAUAUGUGGACCGAUUGACCUGCACCAAUGUCCAAGGUGCCACGGACUUUGCAUGCAUCUGGCUGGGCCUUUUGUUAAACAUGCAGAGAGAUGCGGAUAAUGGCGCGUCACCACCAGCAGGCAACACGGACAUCAGCAGUGAGGAGGACGGAGCCCAGCUGGAUCGGAUAAUCCGGAUCAGCAACUCAGUGUUCGUGAACAACUCAGUUACGGCCGGCGACUGCAUCGCCUGGUCAAGUUCGGACCUGCUCGGCUUUGGCGCGGUCGUGGUGUACACCCCGUACCCAGGCGGUUCUUCCUUGAACAGUGUUGACCUGUUUGACACUGUUAUAUCCGGCAACAAGGGUGGCUUUGGAUCUGGCCUUGCUUUUUUUGCCGAUAGCAACGGAGGCCCAGCGGACUAUAUGCAUGUGGGUGUACUCAACAUCUCCCGGAGCAGCUUGGAGAUGAACACGGCCACGAAGCAUGGCGGGGCCGUUUUCAUGAACGUGUUUAGCCAUUUGGAGGUACUGCACAUUACACAAGGUAGUAAAGUCGAUGGCAACAGUGCUAAUGGCCCUGGGGGCUCUGGUGGUGCAGUGCACCUAGCCAACGAGAUUGGCAACCUAACAGUUGAGGGCAGCAGUAGUGUGUCCGACAACACAGCCGCUGAAAGCGGUGGAGCUUUCUUUGUCCUCUCGUAUAUUCAACAGGUCUCCAUUCUGUCUGGCAGCACUGUAUCUGGGAACCAAGCCACGUCUGGUGGUGGUGGUGCAGUGCUCGUUCAGAAUGCCGGCCAAGCAGAUACCCCUCUAAAUAUCACAGUCCAUGGCAGCUCCCAUGUGGAUGGGAAUAUGGCAGCAAAAUGCGGUGGCGCCUUCGGUAUACUGGCAAAUGUUGCAAGUUUCCAGGUGGCUCAGGGUAGCAGCCUGAACAACAACACGGUUGGUGUGAGUGAUGGCGCCCAGGAAGAGUUGCGAGGAGGUGCCGUGUAUAUAGGCAGUUGUUCUGCUGAAGGCUUACAGGCAUCAUCAGGCAACAUCAGCCGCCUUCUUGUUUCAGACAGCAGCUCUAUAAGCUAUAAUGUGGCUUUAUACCAAGGUGGCGCUGUGUUUGUAGAGCAAGACGUCAUCGAUGGCAUCACCAUUGAAGGAGGCAGCCAAGCCAAUAACAACAGUGUCACAGGACCGAUUGCAGAGGGUGGUGGUGCUAUUGCAGUGUAUGGCAGCUGUUCAAGCUUGACAAUCCAGAACAGCAGCAGCAUUUCCGGCAACAUGGCGGCUGGCGACAUUACCUAUGAGAAAGGAUCCCAGGGCGGUGGUGUCUGGAUCGGUGGCUUGUUGCGAAAGCUGGUUCUAACAGGAGGCAGCCGUGUGUCUUGGAACAAAGCAUGGAAUGGGGGCAGCGCCAUUGUUUCGGGGAUGUCAGCAGAGGAGGAGCUGGCCGAUGUCAAACAUGUCAUGGAGUUGCUUGAGGUUUCUAACAACAGCUGCAUCUGCAAUAAUACAGCUGGGCAAUACCGAUCAUCUCUUUAUGGAGCCAUGUACUUUCGGAACACCCGAGUUGUGAACUUCACAGUUACAGACCGCUCGUGUAUGUGCAGCAACAAAGUACAGAGUGGAAGUGGCUUUGGAGGUGCUGUCUAUGCUGGGAAGGGGUUGGAGAGUUUCCGAAUCUGCCAUGGCAGCAGUGUGAGUGAUAACCAGGGUGGCAAUGGCGGUGCCAUCUACAUUCCUAAUGUUCAGCUGGUCGAUGAUGAUGCCAAUGGAACGAAGCUUUUGCCGCUUCAGAGGUUUGAAUUGUGUGGCGGCAGCCGGAUGGACGGUAACCUGGCCGGUAUAUCCGGUGGCGCAAUCUUCAUGGAGGGGCCCGCUGGUGAAAUCAUCAUAUCCAACAGCAGUAUCUCCCAUAACCAGGCGCUUGUCACUGGCGGGGCCAUUCACCUGACAGCAAUGCCUAAAAACUUGUCCAUCAGUGACAGCAAUCUCUUCAAUAACUCUGCCAUGUUUGGAGAAGGUGGCUUCAUGCACUUAAUGGUUGUACCCGGCAGUGAAGGCCAGGUCUCAGGAUAUUCGUCGGGCAUCAGCAACAGCGAUACAUCGCAGAAACUUCCGGAUGAUGGGCCAUACUAUCUGAACAUUGCACGGUCCAGCAUUUCUGAAAACAGUGCUCUCAAGGAUGGUGGGGCCAUCUCAAUCAACCUUCGGCACUGGAUACGUACUGUACCGGAUGACAUGAAACGGCUACAACUCCAGAAGGAUCGAGUGCUCUACCUGAAGAUUGCUGAUUCCACUUGGGAUAGUAACUGGGCUCACUACGGUGCUGGUGGGGCCCUGGCCUUCCUCUCCCUGACACCAGUGUUAUCGACUCAGCAGCGGAUGGCCUCCGUCUUCAUGGGGGCCCGUAUCAACAUCACAAACACCACCUUCCACACGAAUACUGCUGGUGAUGAUUCAACAAGGCUCUUGUACAUCCAGGACGUCAGCCCACUUCGAGGCAAUGGUGGAGCCCUCUUCAUUUGGGCGGAGCCCUUCCUUUUGGAGGACAGCCCUAGCGAAAAGAAGCUGCUUACCAACCAAACAGGUUACAUAAUGUAUGACAAAUCCUCAGGUUGUGACACGACGGAAGCUGAUUUGGUCCCUGGCAUCCAGGCUUUCAGUAAUAUGACUUGCUGGCCUGAAGGCAGCCAAGCAUGUGGUGUGCGCUUGGAGGGGGUUUCUAUCCGGGAUAACAUGGCAAAAGGUGGCUAUGGUGGAGGCUUUCUUCUUGCCCACUGCGCUGCAAAGAUCAUUAACAGCAAUUUUAACAACAAUGGUGCUGAUCUGGAUGGUGGUGGCUUUGCCUUCAUGGAUUAUGCAAUCCCUGCAUACGUAUCGCAGCCCAGCUAUGUUCCAACUACGAAGGACAGCAGCAGCAGCAACAACAGCAAUCCGAGUUCACCUUCACGUGCUUCACCGCCAUUGAAUCGUCCACCCCAGAUUUCAAGGCCUCCUCCGCCUGUUGCCCUGGGUCAACCUAAGAAUGUAUCGCGUGGCUGCAUCACGUUCCCUGGAGUGACUGUGACGGUGCAAGCUCAGCUGCCCUCCCUGGAAGCACGGCAGAACAUAGAUAUGACAAAGCUGCCAAGACAGCCUUGGGUGGUCGUACAGCGUACGGCGUUUACACAAAACUCCGCAAGAAAUGGCGGCGGUGUGUUCCUUGAAGCCAAUAAGACAGCAGCUGUCAUUCUGGACUGCACCCUAGCUGAUAACGCGGCUCAGGUGCAGGGUGGCGGGGCUAUGCUGAUCGGAGCUAGCACCUUCGCACAGGUCACAGCUGUCCUUCGCAACACGACCUUUGAGGACAAUGAAGCUGGCACUGUUGGCGGGGGCCUGGCAGUGCAGCUCACCAGGAGCAGGGCGGCUGUAGUCCUGUUCAAUGACACUUUUAAGGGCAACUCUGCCACUCGUGGUGGUGGACUUUUCAAUUCAGGUGUGAAGGGAUCGUCCUUGCUGGCAUGGGGCUGUAUUCUGCAUGAUAAUACUGCCAACUAUGGUGGUGGAGCUGCGCUGGAUUAUGUAGUUGCAUCCGCAUCCAGCAGCAAUUUGAAUACUUCACCAUCACCACCACCUUCCCCAAGACCACCUUCACCAGCACCGGCGCCACCACGCCCACCACGUCCACCCCCGCCACCCCCACCCAUUAACAACAUUCCAGCAUUUACUCCGGUUACAGCAAUUGUGCAUUUCCAGCAAUGCCGGUUCACAGAGAAUCAGGUUUUGCUGAGUGGGGGAGGCAUUUAUCUAGCUGCAGCUGGUCAGAACGUCCUAACCCUUCUGGAGCAGAGUGAAGUCAGCCUCAACAGUGCGGCACUAGGUGGUGGGAUAUACUUGAACGCCACCGAUGGUUGCAUUAUGCGGGUCAGUAGCUGCAGUAUCACCAACAACACUGCUAACCUGCAAGGAGGUGGGGCGUAUAGUGCUACAACAUGCGGUGGCCAGCUCAUGGUUGGAAACGGAAGCUACUGGUCCGGGAACACAGCGGGGGUCUAUGGUGGCGCUAUCAUGGUCAACAGUGCAGAUAUUGUUCGCGUCAACAGGAGCGCAAAUGUGACCGAUGCCUCAGUAUUAUUAGCUAAUACUACCAUAGGCGCGCAAGCAGGGAACAGCACCAGCAACCAAACCCUCUUUUCCUGCCAAAAACCCAGCCUAGACAUCGCUAACUCAACCGUGGUAUUAAACACUGCGCAACAAGGUGAUGGCAUUUAUGCUGCCAAGCUAGCAAUUGAUGUUGAAUAUAGUAAGCUGGUUGAGCACGUGCGGAAGUACGUUUGCCUUUAG